CGGUGCAUUCCGCGCACCCCUUGUGACGCCACUGAGGCGAUCAUCACUGAAAACUGCAUUCAAUCCUGGACAGACAAAGAUUUUGGAGGAGGCUUAUAGCAAUGGCAUGAUUGCAAAAAACACUGCGUGUGCUGCAAAAAUUUGCAGAGCGGGGCAGGAGACAGGACUGUCUGUUAAAGUUGUUGAGAAUUGGAUUGGAAAUAAGAAGCGAGCUCUUUCGGGGAAGCUAUAUCCCCGCCCACACAAAGUCGCCACUGCGCACCAGAGUGGGUUCAACUUGUUCUGCAAAGGCAGUAAAUACAAUGGAAAGCAGUCAUUCCAGGAAUGGGGGCAAAAAUGGCAAAACUUGCCACAGAGCGAGAGAGCUCAAUUUAAUGAAGCAGCGAUGGCACGGCAGACAGACCUAGCAAGUCUGUCUUAUGAGGAAAAGGCUGCUAAAGUUAAGCAGUUACAUGGACAGAUGUACAAAACUAUGAAGGAGUUAGAAUGCCUGGGUGCUGAGACGAUUGUGAUCGGCACACAGCUCGAGAAACGGGAAGCACCCUUUCUGUGUUCGUCCAGGAAGGGCCUGACUUAUUUAGAAGACCAUCCACUCUUCGUCCAGGAGAUAUGUUUGCAUCUAGACCGAGGGCUAAUCACAAAAGUGCAAUUAUAUUUCUACCUGAAAAUGCUACUUAAAGGAUCGGAACAUCAAUUAACAGCGGAAUCAGAAUUACAAAAAACUACAAGAAACACUGCUCUGCUACGCAAAAAUGUGCAGACGUUGUUUAACGACAAAUACUCUCAUGAUAGCGGAAAACCUAUGGCAAGGCUGCCAUACAAGUUGGUCGAUGCUGGAGUCAUCAGUUGCAAAGGACUACCACCUGGGGUGUUCCUUAAGAGACCAAGCAACUAUGGCCAUAGAUGCUUGGAGAGAAUCUUGGUUGAAUCCGAGAAAAUCAAGUUUGUAAUCCAUCCUCAUGAUGCUACCGUCUCAGAUGCUGCAGAUAUAAUCCAUCCUCAUGAUGCAAGUGGAGCUGCCACCACCUCACAGUGAAGACUUUCAGUUGGGGAUUGACAUGCAUCCAUGUUCUUUAGAUAGAAGACACUUACUUGUGUUUUCCAGGGAUUGGCACGUAGAUGCAUGGUUUGCAGUGUAGUAAGUUGUUAGACUAGCAGAGGAGUCAGGAUGCUUUAUUGUGGAAUUAAGGCCAUUCUUCUGUCUAUGCCAUCUGCUGCAGUUACCAUUAAGAUCCACGAGAAACCGCCUGCAUGUUUGCCAACAGGUUCUUGAUCAGAUUUGUCAGUCUCACAUCCUUUACUUGCUGGUGUUUUUUUGGCAAGGAUUCGAUGGUUGCCUGCGUCGUAAUUAGCUGCGGAGAGGUAAAAUGCUAUAAUGUGUAAAUUGUUAAGUAAAUACAUACAUCGAUAAUUUUGUGUGUAGGUUAUUAAUGUCCUUAUAUAUUAGCUGUAAGAGUAUAUCUCGUCUUGGUUUUUUGUACUAACCAGAGCA